AUGGUAGUGACCCAAGAUAAGACUAUCUGUGCCCACUCGUCGGUCAACUUCGCCAAGUUCUCCAAGAAAUGCUCCGAGAGAUGGAAGACCAUGUCUGCCAAGGAACAGUCGAAGUUUGAUGGUUUGGCCAAGAGCGACAAAGCUUGUUAUGACAGGGAGAUGAAGAACUAUGUUCCUCCCAAAGGUGAUAAGAAAGGAAAGAAAAAAGAUCCAAGUGCUCCGAAGAGACCACCGUCUGCCUUCUUCCUGUUUUGCUCUGAAGAUCGCCCAAAGAUCAAAAUUGAGUUCCCUGGCCUGUCUAUUGGAGAUACUGCCAAGAAACUGGGUGAAACAUGGUCUGAGCAAUCUGCCAAAGAUAAACAACCGUAUGAGCAGAAAGCAGCUAAACUAAAGGAGAGGUACGAAAAGGAUAUUGCUGCAUACCACCAUGCCAAGGGCAAAAGUGAAGCAGGAAAGAAGGGUCCUGGUAGGCCAACGGGCUCAAAGAAGAAGAAUGAAGAAGAAGAAGAAGAAGAAGAAGAAGAAGAAGAAGAAGAAGAAGAAGAAGAAGAAGAAGAAGAAGAAGAAGAAGAAGAAGAAGAAGAAGCUGCUCUGAAGUGUGGAGUGCUCUGCUGGUCUGAGGACACAGAGCUGAAUCUGGGAAUCCCUGCACACUCCCAGAGACCAGGGCCAAAGACGGCACUCAGUCUUCAAAGCAAUCACAAGAAGGAGGAUUCUGCUCCUCCACAGCCAGCCCCACUCAUGGCUGCUGCGUUUUGGCUUCACUCUUUGGGUAUUGGCAAGUGCAGUAGCAUGCCUGGUGCGCUCACGUCCAAGUCUCUUAAGUCUGUGGCUGGCGAGUCACAUGGCAAGAGCAACACUGAAGACGAUCAGGUUGGACCUGGAUUUACCAGGGGCAGGGAACAGUGUCAUACUGUCCCUUACAUGGCCAUGCUGGACUCAGCACACUGGCUUCACAGAGAUGCCAGCUACGAAGCUCUGAUGCCAGUGUUGCCCUUUGGUUCUGGCUUGGUCAAUCCGGCUGCUAUCAAUGUUUGA